GCAGUUUUCUGUCCAACUCAAAAACAACAUCAAAACUGCUUGCUCCCUUCUCCCUGUAUAAUACUGUCUCCCUUCUUCUCUAACGCUCAUUCUAAUGGCGCCACUCCCUAUACCAUUGCCUCCACCUUUGUCCUUCUCUCUCUUCUUUCACCCCCUUUUUUUAAUCUUUAAUCAGUAAUCCCUCAUUAGCCACUCACAUCUUUUUCUGGGUUUUCAAGGAUUUGCCUUUUUUAGGACCCUGUUGAUGGUACGUUUCGAGUUCAAUCUUUCAGUUUUUGGUGUUUUGAGCAAUCAUCUUCUCUGGGUUUUCUUCUUUAAUUCAGUUCAUUUAUUGGGGGGAGUUGAAGAACUGUAGUUAAUGACACCUCCUAUUUGCUGGUUGGUUUAGGUGAAUAGAAAGAAAAGCUUUUUGGGUUGAUGGAACAUAAUGGGUUACCUGGUGGGAUAUUUUCAGGCAUGGGAUCAGGAAUGUUAGGACUAGAAAUGCCAUUACAACAACAGCAACAACAGAAUCCUCAAAACCCACAAAAUUCUCCCCACUUGCACCACCCACAAAUGCUAGGUUAUGGCCAGCAUGAGUCUGAUAAUCAUCAUCCACAGUCCCAACAAGCCAUGAAACAUGGGUACCCAUAUGCCUCCUCAACUGCAAGACAAAAGCCACAAUCAACAGUUAGUGAUGAAGAUGAGCCUGGUUUCAAUGGAGAUGAUACUACUGAUGGCAAAAGGAAGGUAUCUCCAUGGCAAAGAAUGAAGUGGACUGAUAGUAUGGUGAGGCUUCUUAUAAUGGCAGUCUUCUAUAUUGGUGAUGAGGCUGGACCUGAAGGAAAUGAUCCCACAGGCAAGAAAAAGGCAGGUGGAUUGUCACAGAAGAAAGGGAAAUGGAAAUCAGUUUCAAGGGCUAUGAUGGAGAAAGGAUUUUUUGUAUCUCCGCAGCAAUGUGAGGAUAAAUUUAAUGACUUGAACAAGAGGUAUAAGAGAGUUAAUGAUAUAUUAGGCAAAGGAACCGCUUGCAAGGUUGUAGAGAAUCAAAGCUUGCUUGAGACAAUGGAUUUGUCACCAAAAAUGAAGGAAGAAGUGAAAAAAUUGCUUAAUUCUAAGCAUUUGUUCUUCAGAGAAAUGUGUGCUUAUCAUAACAGCUGUGGUCAUGGCUCAAGUGGGGUUGCUACAGAUCAAUCCAAUCCUCAGCAUCCACAAGCAUCAUCUCAUGCUCAGCAACAAAGAUGUUCUCAUUCAUCUGAAACUGCACAGUUUAUGACCCAUUCGAGGACCGAAACAGAGGGGUCGAAAAUGGCGAAAAGGGUAAGCAAUGAAGAAGAUGAUGAAGAGGAUGAUGAUGAAAGCGAGGAGGAUGAAGAUGAUUCUGAUGAUGAGGUAGAUGAAGCAAUAGAAGGCAAUUCAAGGGGUCAUCAAAAUUGUGAUCAUGGCCAUGAGGAUGAAGAUGAUCAUGAAGAGAAAGGUUCAAAGAAAAGGCAAAGAACAGAAGUAUUCUCAUUAUCAUCAGCUAUGAUGCAGCAACUGAAUAGUGAUUUGGUGAGUGUCAUUCAAGAUGGAGCAAAGAGUACAUGGGAGAAAAAGCAUUGGAUGAAGCUGAGAUUGAUGCAAUUAGAAGAACAACAAGUGAGCUACCAAUGCCAAGCAUUUGAACUAGAAAAACAAAGAUUGAAGUGGGUGAAAUUCAGCAGCAAGAAAGAGAGAGAAAUGGAGAGAGCAAAACUAGAGAAUGAAAGGAGGAGACUUGAAAGUGAAAGAAUGGUACUUCUGAUUCGACAGAAAGAGCUUGAAUUGCUUGAUCUUCACCAACAGCAGCAAAUUUCUUCAAACAAGAGGAGUGAUCCAUCUUCCAUAACUGGAUGAAUUGUAACGUCACAAGGUUAAAUUAGAUGAAAAUGGUUUCUGGUUUUUAGUUCAUUA